UUUGGUCUGUGUGGGUGGUUUUGCGGUAUACUUGUGUGUUUAGUGUACCAUCAUCUGUUCUGAUUAGUAUGAUGUCAAAGAAGAUAAAACUAUGCUGGACGAGUCGUUUCUUCUUAUGUCUUCCGAUAUUGUUAAAUCGUUUUUAAAACGCAAGAAUACUUUAAAAUGUCUGUUUUGGGAAAGUCAGUCCAUCGGCUAUUGGUUAAAAGAUAUUUCAAACCUGACAACGUUUUCAGAUAAUAGCAGACUAAUUCAUCGACGGUCUUCAUCUUUAAAUUUCAAGUCAGAUAAGGACGUAAAAAAGAGGAGCGAAAUUUGUCAUUCAGUUCUUGGUCUUCAUCAGAGUUACCCUGAUAAAAUGAGGCUGUAUUGGAGUAUAUAUGAAAAAGAAGUUAAACUUAAACAAUAUGCAAUUCCCAAGGUUGCAUACAUUUGUAAAUUUAAACCAAACGUAAAUUAUAUGGCAUGGAGAAAUGAAGAAUUGUGGUUUUCUGAACCUAAACCUUGCAAAAACAAUCCAACUUGGAGAGUUGCAAAUGAAUAUUUGGGCCGGAGCAACGGUAAAGAAAGCGUAACCAAACAAAAGAAGCAGCCAGACAAAAAACGUGAACAACGAACUGAACAAAUUGAAGCAGCCAGACAAGAAACACACGCUUGAGCGACUGUUGCGACUGUAGAAUGGCAUAUGGUGAACAUUUUAUGUUUGUUAUACGGACAUAAACAUCCAUUAAACUUAUUUUUUAUUCCUUUAUGAUUGCUUCUAAAACAUGAAUAUAUACUCCGUAAAAACUACUUUGUGAACAAAAGAGAACAUUGCCAAUUAAAAUACAUCAAAGUUGUCA